AUGCCGGACGAAGCAAAGCUUAGUCUGAAACUCGUCUUCGUGAAUGACGUCAACUCUGCUGAGAUGGAAGUGGCCCUGACCUCAAAGGUCAGCGAGGUGAAAGCAAAGAUUCUGCAGGAGUUUUGGCCCUCCUCUCAGCCGGCUCUGGAAACGGUGGAAAGGCUGCGUCUUUUUGCGGGUGGCCGCGAGAUCGGGGGCAAGGAGGAUGACUCGAAGCUGUUGAAGGACGUCAAGAUCCCGGUGGUGUCUCAGGGCCCCACGCCCGUACAUGUCGCCGCCGUCCUCAAGGGGGGUUCUGGCACAGCGCAAGGACAGAGCAAGGAGGCGGUGGGUGAGCCGUCGCAGUGCUUUUGCACUUUGCUUUGA